AGCGCGUAAUCCUCACUAUAAGGACACUAGAGCUUUUAGAAGCCAAGGGUUUAAAGUAUACAGUAGUCUUGGGGAAAUUUAUCCCUAUAGACCAUUUCCUUUCCUAUUUUGCUUUUCUCUUCACAGUGUCUUGGAUCAUUUGCGGCCUGUACUCAAGGCUAUGCCUAAUUCUGAAAAUAAUAACACCAGACUCGUCAGAUAUUUUCCAUUGAAUUUGCACGUCUAUUUAAAAUCUGAAAAAAAAUCUGAUACAAAUACAAGAGCAAAGACAAGUUUGUUUUGCAAGCAUAUUACCAGACCCCAGGAGGGUUGAACUGAGGACAGAGAUUGUGAAAGUGUAUAGCAAUAAAACUGAACUGAAAGUAAAUCAGUGGCAUUGCAGCUGCCCAUGAGCUACAGGUUAGAAAGCAUAAGUUGGAAAAGAGUUAAGUAUUUCUUUUUUGACUUGUAUUGUUCAAACACCCCUCCCAUGGGCUUGCAGGGGCUGAUGGCGUCACUCUGGCCCAAGGGUAUUAUAAAUACCCCCUGCAUCACUGGCCCCAACAUCAGGGCUGAAUGUCUGCAGGACAUGCUCACCCUUUGUCUGUCUAUCUUUAUUAGCACUACUCUGCAUUCAGACAGAUGCAGACACCAACAGCCGUCAGAUCCAGACACAAAUCUUUAUGACAAAAAUUGAUGAUUCCGCAGUAAAGUCAGGUGUUAGAGAAGCGUCUGUGCUUUAUUAGUUACCAAGCUUUGUUUUUAGUAUCCUUCCACCAAAAUAUAUUAGGCUCCUGCAGGUAAAUUUAGAAGUGAUAUUUGUUAUUUGUUAUUAGACAUACUGUACAUAUCGUUCUUAGAUUACAUCCCUCCAAGUGUUUUGGCCUCACCUCUGCUGUAGCCAUGUGGGAGUUCCGGUCCAUGGCUUUCUGGCGGGCCGUUUUUGCCGAGUUCUAUGGCACAAUGUUCUUUGUCUUCUUCGGUCUUGGUGCUGCUUUGCGCUGGACCAGUGGUGCUUACAACGUGCUCCACGUGUCCUUCUGCUUUGGGAUGGCGGCUGCGACGUUCAUCCAAUCCAUCGGUCACAUCAGCGGUGGCCACAUCAACCCGGCCGUCACCUUCGCCUACGUGGUCAGCUCCCAGAUGUCCCUGUUCCGUGCUUUCUUCUACAUCUGCGCUCAGUGUUUGGGGGCACUUUCUGGUGCUGCUGUUCUGUAUGGAGUGACGCCAGGUAACAUGAGGGGCAACCUGGCUCUCAACACACUGCAGCCUGGUGUUAGCCUCGGGAUGGCCACAACCAUAGAAGUGUUCCUGACUAUGCAGCUGGUGGUGUGCGUCUUUGCUGUAACUGACGAUAGGCGAAAUGGCCGUAUGGGCUCUGCUGCUCUAGCCAUUGGCUUCUCUGUGCUCAUGGGCCAUCUGCUUGGGAUAUACUACACUGGUGCUGGAAUGAACCCUGCCAGGUCCUUUGCACCUGCUGUUCUUUUCAGGAACUUCAUCAACCACUGGGUAUACUGGGUCGGCCCUUUUAUCGGCGGUGCUAUGGGUGCCUUGCUCUACGACUUCAUUCUGUUCCCACGUAUGCGUGGCUUCUCUGAAAGACUCAACAUUCUUAAAGGCAGUAAACCUGCUGAAGCUGAGGGCCAGCAGGACCCACGGGGCAUGCCCAUCGAGCUCAAAACAUAAGCUCUAUAAACAGUCAGGAAAGGCUGUCGUUCUCACCCUUUUCUCACCUCAACUCACCGAACGCAUACACGAUUCACUGUGCCCACACUUAUACCCUUUCAAUCCUCCUUGAUCUGCACCCAGAGCCAGGGGGUGUUGAAACAUCUCCCACAUCACCUUCACCUCAACUCUUCAGACGGCACGACCUAGAACGAGGCUUAGUAGAAGACUUUGGCAUGUAGGGAAGCGCUCUGUGGCUACAUCUGCUCAGGACAGGGGCGUCUCUUUGAGUUGUAGUGUACUUCAGUAGUGGAAAGCUUUCCGGGUUUCACAGUGUUCUUGAGUGUUCGCUAUUGUUUUUGCAAGUUUUCAGUUUUGUUUUGUUUUUAACUCUUAAUAUAUUAUAGAAAUUUAAAGCAAUUUAAAGGCGACGGAGACAUACUUCUAGUUGUGUGUGUGUGUGUGUUUUACUGGCGUUUUUAUUUUGGCUUUUUAUUCCCAUUAUACCCUGUUUGUAUUUUGUUUUUCUAAGUGAAAGACACCCCCACUUUAUCCAGCAAUGUGUUAUGAGAGAGCAUGCGUUACAGUGAUGUUGUCAUGCAUAAGGAACCUCUUAGGCACGAUAAGGUCAAUGUAGAGGACACUUUCGAGAAGCUCAUUGCUUUUAUAAAAUGGAGACAGAAACAUGAUAAAAUCCAUGGAACCAACUACUGAAUGUUGGAAGCUCUGCUCAAGCUGUGGCAUAACACACUCGGUGGAAAGGGCAUUCUGUACUCUUCCUCAUACUUGAGCUCACAGAUGCCAAUGACUGCUUAGUCACUCUGAUCAUGUGACUGUGGCUGCACUGAAUUUCCAACAAAAUGUAAUUUAUUAGUAAUCAUAUUUACUAUAAAUAGCCCACAACGUGGUGUAGUCUAACAGUAAGCUUUGGUUGCUAAGCAAUAUAACAGACAAUGUUUAGGGGCUUCUGUGGGUAGAAACAAUCCCUUUUAUAAUUCAAAUUUUUUGUCAGUUUCCAGUAGUUUAAGCUCAUUAAGCUCAAACCUGUGUGUGUGUGUGUGUGCGCACGAAUGUGUGAGACUCUGUGUGUGAGUGUGUGUGUGUGUGAGUGUGUGUGUGUGUGUGAGUGUGUGUGUGUGUGUGUGUGUGUGUGUG